AAAACGCUCAUUCGCUGCCCAGUGGCGCGGAAGUUGCUCCUAGACACUGCUUGUAUUGUCAAUUAUUUUUUUAAAACCUAUUUUCCCCUGUAAACUCAGAUAACCUUUUUGUGCAUGCUGAUGAUUCUUCACGAAAGCCUCCUGCAGCAUUAGAUGCGGUGACUCGGUGUAAUGUAAUGCGUUGUGUUUAUUACAGAUUGCAGGCGAGUCGUUAGCAAGGCUAUGCUUUUCUCUUUAUCUAGUAACUUUGACUAGCCUUUAGCUUAUUUCUAGCUAGAUGCAUACAGUAACUGCUAACUAGCUUGCAAUACUUCAGCUAAAGGAAACAGCUUGCUAGCUAACUUCAGGUGUUCAAGUUGCUCCAAAGAAAAGUUGACAUUUCUGUUUGUGAGGCUUUUCAGCACAUCUGUGUAACUGUGUACCUAAAAAAGGAAUUUUCCUCUAAUAUUAGAAGUGGACCAGUGAACUAAAACACGCACCAUGCUCGGGGGCUGUGGCAUGAAGGAGCUCGACAAGGUGACCCUGAGGAAGAACUCGGUGGCACUUUGUAAAGAACUGGUGGUGGAUGAGCUGCUCAUUCAGUAUUUACAGGCUGAAGGCAUCCUCACUGAGGCCAUGGCAGAAACCAUUCUGGCAGAUCCAACAUCCCAAAAGAGGAGCUGGCGUUUGCUGACACUUCUCCCGAAACGUGGCCCCCGAGCUUUCAGCACCUUCUGCACAGCUCUUAAAGAGACCGAGCAGGAGCACCUCUCCAACUUGCUCUUUAGGUUCAAAGACAGAGUGAACUCACCUACCUCAAGUGAGAGCGAGAUCUCUUUCUCAAAGGACAGCUCACCUGCUAAGAAAAGUACAGAACAGAAGAGGUUUGCAGACAAUAAACUUCCACUUCCAACUGAGGAGUGUGCAGUGCCUGCUAAAAAAGCUCGCACCCAGGAGUCUAUGGAGAUGUCCUUAGAUGCUGACAGUCCUUUCACCACUGCUUUGCUCCCCUGCACACAUGAAUUCUACCUCUCUCACUGUGAACAGGCCUACCCAAUAAGAUCUAGUCGGCGUGGUCUUGCACUAGUGCUGAGUAACGUGCACUUCCAGCCUGAGUUAAGCGAUCUGGACAUACGGCGAGGAGGAGAGGUAGAUGAGGAAGUGCUGAGGAGACUCUUUACUGAACUGGACUUCACAGUAAGCGUGCACAAAGAUCUCACUCUCCAGGCCAUGCAGACCUGCAUAGAGCAGUUCGCACGGCAGCCAGAGCACGCUGUGUCUGACUGCUGUGUUGUGUGUUUGCUGUCUCAUGGAGUGGAGGGCUCCAUUUAUGGUGUUGAUGGAAAGCUGCUGCAGUUGGACUGGGUGUUUGAGAGGUUCGAUAAUUCUCGUUGCCCCCUUCUUCAGAACAAACCAAAAAUGUUUUUCAUUCAAGCCUGUAGAGGAGAGGAGAUGGACUGUGGUGUGGACCAGUUAGAUGGUGAUGAUGCGAUGCAGCCUUCAGUUUGUGAACAGAGAGAUGCAGGGAGAGAGGACAAUAUUGGCAGACAGACGCAAACAAAUGGAGUGAGCGAGGGCAAUGAACUACGAGUGAAACUGCCCCAGAGAUCUGACAUGAUCUGCGGUUUUGCUACUCUUAAAGGUUUCAGCACAGCUGCAAUGAGGAACACAAAGAAAGGCUCAUGGUUCAUCCAGGAACUCAACAAAGCUAUGAGACAGAAAGCCAGAGACACACACUUAUCUGAUAUAUUAGUGCAGGUGAAUAGCAGAAUUAAAGAGAGAGAAGGCCAUUCUCCAGGUGCAGCAUACCAUCGGUGCAAAGAGAUGUCUGAAUUCACCAGUUCACUCUGCAGAGACCUCUUCUUAUUCCCUAAGUACUACCCAAACAGCUAGACACACAGACACACAUGCAGCUCUGUGAAAGGACCGUUGCAACCCUGCAAUAUUUAGCAUUCUGAUACGCAGCAAUCAUUCGAAGCAGACUUAUUUCAUAAAAACUUACACAGAAAUCAGCUCUGUGAAUAGUAUUUGUGUUUUCUGGGCCAAAACUGCGACUGGUUAUCCAAUUUAAAUUAGUUACAGUGUUUGAACACAUAUUUGGUGUGUAUACCUAAAUAUAAAAGAGUAACGGUUUUGUAUAAGUGAAAAAACCUAAUUUGUAAAUAUCAGUAAUUGGUUAUAUCGGCUUGUCUUACAAAGAUUAAGGCAAUAUUUUGGACAGUUCUUAAAAUGUGUUUUUAUUAUUGGGAUUUGCCUUCAUAUGCAUUAAUUGCAGUUUAAUUCUAUAUCCUGAAACCCUUUUUAACACAGUCAGAUCUAUUUUUAUUAGUUUUGUAGGAAAUAUAUGGGCUCUGUACAGGAUUUUUUUAUUAUUUUUCACAAGUUUUGUUUUACCUUUUCUUUAUUCUGAGUUUUUAUUUUUGCUCAAAUGGCUUUGUGUCAGUUUUUAGGCAUGACCACAGUGAUAAGCACUUCCUCAACACCUUAAUUUCAUCAACCCCCUAACCACACACACACACAUACACACACUCUGUUUCAGUAAAUGUUUGAGUCAGUAAAUGCACAUUUGAUUUCAGUUCUGCUCCGUUGAAUGUUUGUUUUGCAGCAUGUUGAGUCUCCACUUGUUUGUACAAAUGACUUUUUUUUAUUACAUGUGGCACAGACCUUAUUUUUAUUGUAAAAAAAAAAAAAAAGUGUUUUGAUGUCAGCAUAAUCUUUAUAACAAUUUCUUACCUUAUUAAUGUUUUAUUAAUCAGCUUCACAUUCCACUGCUGAUUUUUUAUUUCUGUUUUUCUCUGUCACCAGAUGGCAGUAUAUGUUUAGAAGUAAUGAUUAGACAUUGACACAUUUGCUACUCAAACUCCCGACUUUACUGCUGAAUGCAUUUCUGGAUUCAAAGAUUUUUGGUCAGUACAGUAAUUGCCGAAGUCUGCAAAUUUCCCUCAUUCAGUUUAGUGUUGUAAAUAGUAAAGGGUGAAAGCUUUCCAAAACCUCACAUUAUGCAGCUUUAAUGCACACUUUAAUUUUGCACACUAUGACAUUCCUAGUGAACCAAAUAACACAUCUGCCUGUUGUGUUUUCCUGCAGCAGUCAUGACUCUGUAACACAGUUAACAUUUGUCGUCUAUCACACAUGACUCUUUUACAUGAUCUCCAUGCUGCUUUGGCCUGACAGCAUAACAUAAUAGAAUAAUAUUAUACUGAGUGAAUUAACAUUAUUUCAGACAUAAAUAUUUUCUCUAUUCUGCCAAACAUAAAUUUUUGUGGUGCUAGUACUUUUUUCACUUCAGAACAUAUAUAUUUGAGAGAGAGAGAGAGAGAGAGAGAGAAAUUGCUGUUACUUUUAAACCACACACCAGUUUGUGAUACAAAUUCCAAGAGCUGCAGUGCUCAUUGAGAAUGUCUUCUUUUUGUGCAGGAAGUGAAAAGAGGAAGCAUUUGUAAUGAUACGCUCAAGUGUUAUAACACAGAGAUAAAUGUCAGCAUUCCAGUUUAUAGGUUCAGAGCAGUAUUGAUUAUUCUGCGUCUGUUUGCAGUUAUCUCAUGAUUCAAUUUCAUACUAGACCAAAUAGUAAAGUGCAGAUUGUUUUAUGUGUGAAGAUUGACAAUCUCACUGUUUAAAAAAAAAAAAAAGAUUUCCAUCCUGAGAGUAUUUAAACAGUUCUUUAUUUCUUUGCUCUUAAAAACAUCUGCAGUUUCCCCACUUUAUACAUUUAAACACAGCAUAGAAUUAGAAAAUUAACAUGGAAUAAAAUGUAACUAGGCAACAGUAUGAGCAGCUCCAUUUUGCAGUUUUAUAAGCUGUAAAAAACAUAUAGACCCUGAAGUGCAAAAGUAUUUAUUAAAUGGUAUGUUUUCCAUUUUGACUCAAAGAUUUCAGGCUAAACUUUGUACAUUUUGAAUGAAUAAUAUAAUUUGUGGCAAAUAGUUGAUUGUAAUUUACUGCCGUUGGUAUCCGGGACAGUGCUAUGGACAAUGCUGUCAAUCAUUUGUGAUAUUUUUGUAAAAAAUAAAUAAAUAAAUCACUGUCUUCAAAUAAAAUUAUAUUGUUGGAAAAUAAAGGUGGAUGACAUUGUU